CUUGAACCUGAUUCAUAUGUAAAAGUGCGUAAGUUGUAAUUGUACAUAAAAAAAUUUUCAUAUAAAAGGUGUAAACUGGUCGGUCUACAUCAUUAGUUUGCUGAAUAUCAAGGAGCUUUUUGGAACAAAAGCAGUGAAGAUUUAAAAGUUGGUGAACAUGAAGCUUGAAUUAAACCUCGCAGUAAUCCUGCUCAUCUCCCUCAUCGCAGUCACAAACGCUGAUAGCCCCACUAAAGCUGUAAAUAUCUCAAUGGAAUGCACAAUUGGCGAUGUUAACUACAUUUACUUUGGAAUCGAAACAUCAUGUACAGCCAAGGGAAGAUUAAACAUUGUCAACAUGAAUACAACAGUCACAUCAAUUGAUGGUGGAUGCAGCCGUUCCAAUCCAAAUCCCAGAAUAAGAGUUUUUUAUGUCGUCGGUAAAGUCGUUCAAUACGUGCCAAGUGGAUUGGAUGUCUUGUUCCCAAAUUUGAUGGGAUUCAGAUUUGUAAGCACUCAAAUGAAGCUCGUGACAAAGGAAAGUUUGCAGCCAUACCCAAAUUUAUUGAUGUUCGCUAGUGUCGGCAAUCAAAUUGAGUACCUUGAAAAGGAUUUGUUCAUGUACAAUACAAAGAUUGAGUACAUCAGCUUACGUUCCAAUAGAAUUUCAUACAUUGACCCAACUGUCUUUAGUGUUAUUGGAAAUAGCUUGCAGCAAUUAUAUAUGGAAGGUCAGGCAAUCGCUUGUGGAAUCGGAAAUACAAUUACACCAAAUUCAGUCAAGAAUGCAUUGUCAAAAUUAAGCAGUUCCAUUUGUGCAGACAUCACCAAUGCACCACCAUUGUAUAUUCUUUUAUUGGAACUUAAGGAACAACUCGCAAGCGGUGGAAAUGAAUCAUCAACAUGCCAGGAAGAACUUACAGCAUGUAAUGGAAACCUCACAGAAAUUCAGACCAACUUAACAGCUUUAAAUGAAGAAGUGACUCAACUUACAACUGAAUUGGAGACUUUAAAUACAACUUUGUUAACUGCCAAUGAGGAACUACAAUCAUGCAAUGCUACUGCUGAAACAUGCGCUACUGAUCUUGAGACAUGUCAAGCUGGUUCAGGAGGAACCUGUACAACGGAUUUGGCAACUUGUGAAGGUGAUUUAGCUACAGCCGAAGCUGCUACAGCUACAUGUGAAUCUGACAAAGCUACAUGUGAUGGUGAUCUAGUUACAUGUGAAGCUGAUAAAGGAACUUGUGACGGAGACUUGACUACUUGCAAUGAUGGAAAGGCAUUCUGUGAAAAUUGUAGAAUCAAUCCUGGUGAUAUUGGAUGUGUCUAAAAUUAAAAAAUU